AUGUCGGCUGAGCCAGACGGGGUCAACGAUUCCGUUCAGGUGGGGAUCAAUGAUGUGCAUCAGGAAGAGGUCUUCGAAAAAGCACCGCCGACCACUGGAUUUAUGGGCAUCGAUGAGUCCUCUCACGUGCCAAGGCCUCUCUUGUGCGCCAGUCUCAUGGCCACUCUGAUCUACUGGCUCCUGUUUGUGUAUUCACAAGCCGUGCACCAGAACUCUGCUGUCGCCUGGGAGAUGCGAGCCGCUUUCCAGAAUCUCGACACCAACGUGCUCUUGAGCCGGGGCAAGUACGUCAAGCACGGUGCGGACAGCCCAAAUGAGGAUGCUGUGGAAGACUUCGCGGAAGCCUUUGACUGGCUUGUGCAGGGAUACGUCCCACUCCUUUGGCAGGAUACACCGAUGGGUCGGGGGCGCUUGGCCGCGCGGCUAAACCUGGUUGGUGGUGUGCACCUGGCAAGGCAGUGGAGCACGCCUCUACAGUGUGAAGAGAACCCCCAGCUCUGGAUGGACAUCAUCUACAACGAGUCAUGCUCCGAUGGGGCGACAAGGAGAGACGGCAUGCAGGACACGCACUGGCUCGACAUCUCGCAAGACUUGGAUGCUGUCCUUGCCCACCUGAGCCACUUGCAGAACACCAGCUGGCUCUCGGCUGACAUCACUGGCUUGAGCUUCAAAGCCCUUUUCUACAACCGCCGGAGCGAGCACUUCGCACUCCUGGCCUUCGACUAUCUGCUGGAAGAGAGCGGAUACCUGCACCGGAGGAGCAAUCUACUGAUGAUCCCUUCGAAUGUCUACACAGACAGCCCGAACUUUAUUCUUUCCAGUGUGUCGGCCGACGUGCUCGCAGCCCUCGGCCUAACGGCGUGCGUGGUGGUCGAGGUGCUCAUGUGGUGGCAGACAUGGAAGAACCAUCACAUGAAGUCCUUCAUCUUCAACGUCUACCGCGUCGUGAGCGUUGGGCAGAUUGUUGGGGGCGUGGCGUACCUUGCCUUCUAUGCCGUCCUGGGCGCCUCCGUCGACAGACUCACCGAGAAACUGCGUGUGUUCGCCUCCCUUCCAGAGGGAGCUGUCGAGCCACCGAACGUCACCGGCUCGGCGCAAGAGCGCCUCGUGCUCAUGACGGACAUCUACACCCUCACCGAGGACGCAGCGACUCUGUUCCGUGGGACGCAGUGGCUGUGCUUCUGGUACAUGCUCGUGAUCAUGCUGAAGUUUGGUGAGGGGCUUCCGGCCUCACCACGGCUGAAGGUCUUCCUGGACACGCUGUAUGACGGCAUGGGGAAUAUCCUGUACUUUUUCAUCGUCUUCUGCGUGGUCUUCACAAGCUUUGCAAUGGGUGCCCAUUUCUUAUUUGGCCAUGUCCUCUAUUCUUGGUCCCGAUCGUUCUUGCCGUUUACAUCGUCGUUCAGGGUAUUGAUGGGCGACUUCGACUUCAUGGCGAUGUACGCCAUUGCACCCGUGAGCGCUAUAUGCUGGUUCACACUCUUCACAUUGAUGGUUGGGUUUGUGCUCAUCAACCUCUUCAUCGCCAUCGUAACCUUCUCUUUCACUCGCGUCCAAGAACAAGCUAUCGGCCAUUCAACGCACGAUGCGUUGCUGGCUCUGGCGCACCAUAUACAUAGAAUGGGAAGUAGUCGGACCCUCACCACUAAGGCAGCCCGGGUGGCCUCGAUGGCGUCGAAGCUUUCGAGAAAGAAGGCCAGUGACAAGAAUGACGUUGACGCCCAGCAUGAGGAAAUUCAGUUGGAGCCUGGCCAGCCCUCGGACGCGGCGUCUGAAGUGGAGUCCUUGUGUAUUCAUAACGAAAGGGUCUGA